AUGGCCGAAGCCAGGGACGACACUAUGCCGAACGAUGCCGCAUACGAGUUCGAUUUCACCCUUCCUUAUGGGACCGAUAUAGUGGACGGCGGAAACAACGAUGAGCAUUACCAUGACUCUACAGAGAACGAUCACCAACAGCAGAUGUCCGAUACUACUGAAACCAGCAAUAACCUCGAUCUACAUGACCAAAAUAACAGCACUCAGGCCAUGAAUUACAGCACCUUCGAAAAAGGAUUCUCCGAUGAUGAGGACGCUGGGGAGGCAUUCGACCGCACUGGAACGGGCCACCAAUCUGGAGAGUCGCUGCCGAAGAGCAAGAAGUCCCCAAGACGAUCGGGAGGUUUUUUUGAUGAUGAGCCCAGUCCAAGCACGAAGAGGCCGCGCCAGUCUCUAUUCGGCGGCCCGAUUGAUGAGAAUGAAGAAAGAACAUUUGAGGAAUACAUUAUGGACCAAGGCGAUGAUGCCAAUGAUCCUAAGCCACCCGGACAAGGUAUUCGUUAUCGCAUGUCUAGCCUUAGCCUCGAACAAAAAGAUAAAGAACGUUGCCCUUCAGAGCGCCCGUUCAAUCUUGGCUUUGGUCUUGGGUCGUCCGACAGAGGCGGCACGACUCCCAGAGCUUCCCCAGCUCCAUCUGAGGAGAGCAUCAUCAUCCCUCCUGAUGAUAAGCCAGUAUACGGACUUCGCACGAACAUCGAGCGAAAGAAAACCUUCACCUACGUCGACACUGACAAAUCCGGAAACUUUGACCCCUCCGAAGAAGCCAAGCAGAAAAUACUGAAGAUGAAUAAAGCAAAGGCUGCCAAAGCUGCCGCACAGCAAAAGAAGCAAAAGGGGAAAACACGAGAAGUCAAGGAACACGUCAUGAAGCUCAUCGUCAAGCUCCACUUCAAAGCCUUCGGCAACGUGCGCAACUGUACUAACGAUGAGGAAAAUUGGCCUGACGGCUGGUCUGAAGCGGACUCUGAUUACGAGCGCGAAGCUCAAGAGUAUCGUAACUUUUACCGCCGGAACACACCUAGUCGACAGACACAGAUACCUGUUGAGGAUCCUCAGGGCGAUGUAGACGAUCUGACCGGCUAUCCUGCAGCACGCGGCUGCAGGCAUUGUCGCAAGCACAAACAAGAUUGCUCUAUGACCGGAGGUGGCACAUACCCCUGCGACGAGUGCUUAGAAGACGACUGCGAAUGCGAGCCCAUUAUCCCUACCACCAUCAAAGGCCACUGUAAGCAAUGCGUUGAAGACGGGCAGGAAUUCUGCUCUUUCGGAGAUGAUCCCGACCAAGCUGUCUGCGACCACUGCGCUGAGAGCGAAUUCAUCUGUGAAGCGCUGCCACCCGACGGGUACAAGACUGAUAGGAUCAAUAUUUAUGAAAUCAUUGGUGGCAGGGAUAGACAGUAUGUGCAGUGUACAGUAUGUCGGCAAGAAAAGAAGAGGUGUAGUCUCAAGAAGAAGACCGAUAUGCCGCCGUGCAAGUACUGCAAAAAACACAACAUUGGCUGCACAUUUUUCGAUCUGCCGAAGCAACCCGAUGGAAUGAAGACAAUGGCUAGGAAGGGGAAGGGAAAAGUAUUAGGUCCUACAGAGGGUGAUGCUCCGGAGGUAGCAAUCCCUGGUUCCGAUUAUUUCACCGCCGAAGACCUCGCAGAUAUGGAAAUGAGAGACAACGACGUCAUCUCUCGUGAGGUCACCCCAGAAAUGGAGAUGGAGGAUGCCGAGGGACAUAAAGGAGUGCUCGUCAAAAUCCAAACUUCCUUUGCGCAUCCGAUCCAAUUCAGUAGCGAAUCAGCCACAGCCGCAGAGUGCAAUUUCUGUGAGAUGCCUCUCUUUGGAAUGGUCGGACACUUUGAGAAGACAGUCCACGUCAUCAAAUGGGACAACGGACUGGGUUACUCAGAGCUUGGAGCCGGACAUCGCGAGGAGAAUGGCCCAACAAACCUAUGUUGGGAGUGUACUAUGGGCCGCGCCCAAAUCACUCUUUGCGAAGGCCACCAACUUGAGAAGAUGUACGAAGCACAGGAAGCAUUGGAUUUCGAUGUCGCCGCCGAAGACCUUAUGGUCACCCCGACCCAUACUCCUGAGAUGAGAUUCCAGCUUCAACGCUGGUGUUCCAUGUGUUUCAGCACUGCUUCAUACAGAUGCUGUAACGCACAGCCGUCUCUCUUGUUUACGUUAGGCGCAGAAGAGGAAUUAAUGGACGGCUGUGGCCUUAAUCUCUGCGAGGGUUGUGCGGUUAGGUUCACCGAGGAAUUUGGAAGCAAUUGUGAUGCGAUGGCGACAGCGAUGGAGAAUGAGCCGAAGCAGACCGAAGACGAUGAUGUUCCGGCGGCCGCGAGGGCAGACGUGGGAUUCUUGAUCAAAGAUGGGUUAUUGAUGAGGAACAUAGAGAAUGCGAUGGCUGCCGGACAGUGA